AUGGAGAAAAGGGCUUCUACACAAGCUGCUGUGCCACUGAUGCGGCUGCUGCUGCUUUUGUGGUUGUUUGUGUUCCCAGCACUGGCUUGCCCAUCGGACGGCAGUCAGUGUAGAGACUGCGUGGCUAAUCAGAUGAAGUUUGGAUGCCCAGAAUGCACGCCGGUUCUGCGGUGUAUGGCUCGAUGCUUGUGGGGUGGAAGCUCAAGGGCCAACUGUGUCAAGAUGUGUAACUGUGGUUCUGGUGGCAAACCUAAGCUCUCUGACUGCAAGAAGUGCAUGUUGCGCUGCAAGUGCAACUGCAUGUCAUAG